GCCCCUAACAGCGUCUUAAAAAGCAUCAAGUUUCAUCAGAUUCAUUCGCUUUCCUGCGCGUUUGGAAGAUGGCACGCUACUCAGGUGAGCAGGCUCUUCAGAUGGUCCUGGACAGUGAGGAAGAGUUCACUUUUUCCUCGGAAGAAGAACACGACUCUGACGAUGAACGUCUGUAUUUUGAAGAGCGACUUGAUCCAGCUGAAGAUACAGUUUCUGAUGAAAAUGUGGAUCCAUCACUCUCGCAUUCACCUGCAAUUCUCACUAAGAGGGCACGCAGCAACACAGGCGAUAAUGAGAAAGAAAAUGUGGAUCCAUCACUCUCACAUUCACCUGCAAUUCCCACUAAGAGGGCACCCAGCAACACAGGCGAUAAUGAGAAAGACUAUAGCCCUAAUGAGAGUGCUCCAAAACCCCUUGCAAAAAAGGCCAAGAAAAACAUUCAGACAAGCAACAGGCAUUCAGCUCUGUCAUGGAAAACAGAUAAUGACACUGACAUGGUUCCACAGACUCUGAGAUUCCUACCUGCACGGGAACCUGGACCACAGCUGCGUCCUGCUGAUGAACACACUCCUAAGAGUCUCUUCAAAAUGUUCAAAAUGCAAGGAAUAAUGCCACCGCUGGUCGUCGGAACUGCAUGCUUUGCAAAGUACAGCUUGGUAAAAGGCAAGACACACCUUGGAAAUGCCAGUCAUGUGACAUUUACUUGUGUCUUCAGUUGAAAAGGAACUGUUUUCAAAAAUGGCACACAGAUGUGUGACUGUUCAGAUUCUCUGUUCACCACCUCUCACUGACCAUUGGGCUGCAAAGAUUAUCUAUAUGUGAUCAAGCAGGUUAGGUAUAGGGUGUAAAAGUGGGCUUUUUUUAUAAACCUUACCUUUAUUUGCCUGUAUACACAAAAUGUGCCUUUGACCCUAGUUUAUAUGUGGAUUAUAUUGUUAACUUUAUUUUAAAUAAAAAAGA